AUGAGUAAUCCUAAUGUUGGUGAAAGUUCUAUGCAACAUAUUAUCAAACAUAUGGAGUGCUUCUUCAAAUCUGCAACAUAUUGUCAAACAUAUGGAGUGCUUCUUCAAAUCUGCAACAUAUUGUCAAACAUAUGGAGUGCUUCUUCAAAUCUGCAACAUAUUGUCAAACAUAUGGAGUGCUUCUUCAAAUCUGCAACAUAUUAUCAAAUGACUCAAUAUUAUCUUAGGAAUAGAGAUCUUAAGAAGAAAAAUAUGGAAGAAGUAGACUUUGGGCUUACAUUGACUCUUUCUAUGCGGCGCAUUUCGUCUUCAAGUAAUGAAAUUGUGCAGCUGAUGUCCAAUGAAUACAAUCAACAGGGCUAA